CACUGAUUUUUCUUGCUGUGAUUAGUGAGAGCUGAGGCCCAUAGCACUCUCACCGACUGUGAACUGGCUGAAAUGUGUGGCUUCCACAAGCAGUUGGCUCAGCAGUCAGCAGGGACAGAACCAUCAGCAUGCUGUAGUUGGUGUGAAAAGUGUGGGCUGUGUGCUGUGCAGGAACCUGUAAGGGUUCCAUGGUGGCAAUUGCCACCUUGCUGGCAUAUGAGCCCCAUGCCAGUUCAAUACUAGAGCUGGCUCAGGUGUGGGGGGCAAACUUCCUGUUGCUGUCCUUAGAUACCAGAAUAGAACUCCGCUUGCCUGUGUCCAUUUAAGAGCAACAGUCUUAGUUUUUAAUGCAUUAGUUAUGCCUGUAGCUAAAAGUUCCGUUUCAUCAAGAGUCUGUAGUUGCUUGGUAUAAGUCUACGGUAAGGAAUCUGCUUUUAAGAAAAACUAUAAAAAGGUUCUGGUUAACCCUUCUCCCACACCUGAAAUCAUAAGGCUUUCCUUAUUCACAUAAUGGGCAUGCCUGUGCUAUCAGUGGCUGUCAUCUUCAGUGAGGCUCUGAGUUUUUACCUGAUGUGAGUAUGGUGCAUCAUGGCCUUGAAACAGAGCUACAGAGCAAGGAAGAGGCAUUUUCUCUGGGAUAGGAGGAGGAGUGUAGAGAAGUUGUUGCUUUCUGCUUUCUUAGGGCAAAGGUUUUCCUGCUGCUUGAUCUGUUUUUUUUCCAGGAGGGAGGGGAGAGUAAGGGAUUGGAGAAAAUAACCCUCCUCCUCCUUUUGUGUGGUUUGCUUCACUUCAUUAAAUCAUCAGCCAUCAAGCUGAUAGCGUACUUGCUAAGGGCUCAUUCUGCAGUGAUGUGCUGAGGCGGCAGGACACAGGCAUGAAAAUGGUUCCUGAGCGUGUUGGGACUGCAACUCUUGUCCUCCUCUGGAGACAGCAGGGCUAUGUGGGGUGCACAGUAAAUACUUCUACAGCCUGGUCUGCCAGCACUGUUCCUCCCACUAGCAGCAAGCACCGAUGGUCUUCUUGAGCUGAAAGGAUGAAAAUUGGCAACUGGAAAAUCACUAUUACUGACCUGAGCUUUAUCCUGACUUCUGGAGUCCCAGUUGAUGUUGUUGGGCAUAUGAGUCUACAAGAGUGUCGCCUGUCCCUGUCCAUGAUUUAGGCAGCGGUUGGACAUGCAUCACUAGCGGGAUGGUCGGCCAGCAAAGCUGCAAUGUCGUCCCUGACGACCUCCAGUGAGGGAGAGAACUCUGCUCCCAGGUUUGUUGUCGGUUCCAGAGAUGACGAGACAGAAUUUCUGGGAUCAAACAUGAAGACAGAUGAAACUGAUUUUUUUGAAGAUGAUGAAGAGGAGGAGUCGCCUCCAGAGCGGCAGAUCGUGGUGGGAAUCUGUGCCAUGACCAAAAAGUCCAAGUCAAAGCCCAUGACACAGAUUCUGGAACGUCUGUGCAAGUUUGAGUACAUCACAGUGGUGAUCAUGGGGGAAGAUGUUAUUCUGAACGAACCGGUGGAAAACUGGCCCUCUUGUGACUGCCUGAUAUCCUUCCACUCCAAAGGAUUCCCCCUGGAUAAGGCAGUUGCUUAUGCCAAGCUGUGCAAACCAUUUCUGAUCAACGACCUUGAUAUGCAGUAUUACAUCCAGGACAGGCGUGAAGUGUAUCGGAUCCUUCAAGAAGAGGGAAUAGACCUGCCCCGCUAUGCUGUGCUCAAUCGGGAUCCUGACAGACCAGAAGAGUGCAACUUGGUGGAAGGAGAGGACCAUGUGGAGGUAAACGGAGCUGUGUUCCCAAAGCCAUUUGUGGAGAAGCCAGUCAGUGCUGAAGACCACAACGUGUAUAUUUACUACCCGACAUCAGCAGGAGGGGGCAGCCAGCGGCUCUUCCGUAAGAUUGGCAGCCGGAGCAGUGUGUACUCCCCAGAGAGCAGUGUGAGGAAGACAGGCUCCUACAUUUAUGAGGAGUUCAUGCCGACAGAUGGCACUGAUGUAAAGGUGUACACUGUUGGGCCGGACUAUGCCCAUGCAGAGGCUCGCAAAUCCCCUGCUUUGGAUGGGAAAGUGGAACGAGACAGUGAAGGGAAGGAAAUUCGUUACCCAGUCAUGCUGACUGCCAUGGAGAAACUCGUUGCCCGUAAAGUCUGUGUAGCCUUUAAGCAAACCGUAUGUGGGUUUGACCUCCUGCGGGCCAACGGCCACUCCUUUGUUUGUGAUGUGAACGGCUUCAGCUUUGUGAAGAACUCCAUGAAGUAUUAUGAUGACUGUGCCAAAAUCCUUGGAAAUAUAAUCAUGAGGGAGUUGGCUCCCCAGUUUCAUAUUCCCUGGUCCAUCCCAACAGAGGCAGAAGACAUCCCCAUUGUCCCCACAACUUCAGGCACCAUGAUGGAGCUUCGCUGUGUUAUUGCAGUCAUCCGUCACGGAGAUCGCACCCCAAAGCAGAAGAUGAAGAUGGAAGUGAAACAUCCCCGGUUCUUUGAAUUAUUUGAGAAAUAUGAUGGUUACAAGACAGGAAAGUUGAAGCUGAAGAAACCAGAGCAGCUACAGGAAGUGCUGGACAUUGCACGGCAGCUUGUGGUGGAGCUGGGAACCCACAGUGAUUGUGAAAUUGAGGAGAGGAAAUCCAAACUGGAACAGCUGAAGAGUGUCUUGGAGAUGUAUGGACAUUUUUCUGGCAUUAACCGUAAGGUUCAGUUGACCUAUCUGCCUCAUGGACAUCCAAAAGCUGCGAGCGAAGAUGAAGAAGCUCGACGAGAGUCCUCCCCCUCCCUUCUCCUGGUGCUUAAGUGGGGUGGAGAGCUGACCCCAGCAGGAAGAGUCCAGGCUGAGGAGCUGGGGCGGGCCUUUCGCUGCAUGUAUCCUGGAGGCCAAGGUGAUUAUGCUGGUUUCCCUGGCUGUGGCUUGCUCAGACUGCACAGCACUUACCGCCAUGAUCUCAAGAUCUAUGCCUCGGACGAGGGGAGAGUUCAGAUGACAGCAGCAGCUUUUGCAAAGGGUCUGCUGGCCCUGGAAGGAGAGCUGACCCCCAUCCUGGUGCAGAUGGUGAAAAGUGCCAACAUGAAUGGUCUGCUGGACAGUGACAGUGAUUCCCUCAGCAGCUGUCAGCACAGAGUAAAGGCGCGACUGCAUGAAAUCAUGCAGAAGGAUGCUGAGUUCUGUGAAGAGGAUUAUGAAAAGCUAGCACCUACAGGCAGUGCUUCUCUGCUCAACUCCAUGGCAUUUAUCCAGAACCCAGUUGAGGUCUGUAACCAGGUGUUCACCCUGAUUGAGAAUCUCACCUCCCAGAUACGAAAACGUCUGGAAGACCCAAAAUCUGCAGACCUGCAGCUGUACCACAGUGAGACUUUGGAGCUGAUGUUGCAACGCUGGAGUAAGCUGGAGCGAGAUUUCCGCAUGAAGAAUGGGCGCUAUGACAUCAGCAAGAUCCCUGAUAUAUAUGACUGCAUCAAGUAUGAUGUGCAGCACAACUGUACACUGAAACUGGAAGGCACAACUGAACUCUUCAAGCUCUCCAAAGCCCUGGCAGAUGUGAUCAUACCCCAGGAAUAUGGGAUUAAUAAGGAGGAGAAACUGGAGAUUGCUAUUGGCUUUUGUCUUCCUCUCAUUAAAAAGAUCCAGCUGGACCUACAGAGAACUCAUGAAGAUGAGUCUGUCAACAAACUACAUCCAUUGUACUCAAGAGGAGUUCUGUCACCAGGUCGCCAUGUUCGAACACGGCUGUACUUCACCAGUGAGAGCCAUGUGCACUCCCUGCUCAGUAUCUUCCGCUAUGGGGGGCUACUGGAUGAAAACAAAGACCAGCAGUGGAAGAGAGCCAUGGACUAUUUAAGUGCUAUCUCAGAGCUGAACUACAUGACCCAGAUUGUUAUCAUGCUCUACGAGGACAACAACAAGGACCCCUCUUCAGAGGAGCGUUUCCAUGUGGAGCUGCAUUUCAGCCCUGGCGUCAAAGGCUGUGAGGAGGACAGGAAUAUACCCACGGGGUUUGGCUUUCGGCCAGCCUCAGCAGAGAACGAGGACAAGAAGGCAGACCAAGGCAGCCUAGAGGACCUCUCCAAUGAGAAGGGCAGCGAUGAGCCAGACCGUGCUCGGCAGAAGUCCCCGCAGCCCUCGGAGCCGGUCAGCAUCCAGCGAAGGUCGCCUCUGGUCAGGAGCCGCAAGACAGGAUCCAUGGAGGUGCUGUCUGAAUCUUCUUCAAAAUCAGGAGGUUAUCGCCUCUUCAGCACUUACUCCAGGCAGUCUUCUGAGAUGAAGCAAAGUGGAUUAGGGUCACAGUGCACCGGGCUGUUUAGCACCACUGUGCUGGGAGGCUCCUCCAGUGCCCCCAACCUCCAGGACUACGCACGCAGCCAUGGCAAAAAGUUUGCCAGCAGCCUGACAUACAAAGACGAGCUCUUGUCUAUGCCAGCCGUAAAACGAUUUUCUGUGUCGUUUGCAAAGCAUCCGACUAAUGAUGUGUUGGAGCACCAGCACGUUGCCCAGUUGCUACGCCGUUUUUCCUCUGACUGUGCCACGAGCCGGACCAUCUCCUUGGAUGCCACCCUAGCCCAUCACCUGCAGCAGUGCUCCUACCACCUGCGCCUCUUCAGGAGCUGGCUGAUCUCAGGGCAGGAUGACUUGGAGUGUCUUUACGGUUUUGAAGGCUGUUCCAUGGUUCCCACCAUCUAUCCCCUGGAGACCCUCCACAACUCCCUCUCUUUGCGGCAGGUCAAUGAGUUCCUGACAGCCGUGUGCAAGAGCUGCAGUGAAUCGCAUGUCCAGUCCACAGCAGCUUUGUUUGAUUCAAUGAUUGGGAGCCAGAUACCCGGAGACCCCUUUAUGUCCCAGCGAAUCCUGUCAUCAUCGUCCUUGCCGCUGCGCCCGCGUUCGGAUAAGCCCCCUUGGUACAGCAGUGGCCCCUCCAGUACCGUCUCCAGUGCAGGCCCGUCCUCCCCAACUUCUGUGGAUAAUUGUGCUCGUUUCAGCUUCGCUGAGAAACUUUCCAUCAGCCCCCCCAAAAGCGAGGAGCAGCUGACUAGCCAGUCCCCUGAGCAGGAAGAGAGUCAAGCUCCAGGCAGAGGGUUUGACGUGCAGGACGGCGUGUCUGGGCUGUCAGUUGCAGAGCCAAGCGCCCCAGAGACCCUGGUCUGGAAUAAGGGCCCAGAGCCAGGCAGGAUUCUGGAGCUGUGCAAGAGGGAGCUGGCAGGGGAGGACGCUAACCCAGAAGAGAAGAGCAUGGGGGAACGGGAUGAAGGAAAAUCAUCUGAGGAAAUGUUAGAGCCAAGUAACAUAGGAAACUCAAAGUGUGGUGAGGGGUUUGACCUGAGGCUGGUUGGGGAGGAGUCUGUCAGGGGAAUGACUGGCCUGGAUCAGUCUGGGCUGUCCAAGGAGAUCCUGGUGCCCUGUGCAGACGACCUGCUGGGAGAGGUGUUGGACCCAGAGCAUACAGGCAAGGAGCUGUUGGGGGACAGUGCUCUGUCAGACCAGCUUUUCUCUGAUCACCUGUGCCAGGUGCAGCCACUGCCUCCUGAGAAGAAUGUGGAGGAACUGUAACAGCUGUGUCAGAACGAUCAGCAAAUUUAGUGGCUUACUGGACAGUACACUUGCAAGCAGUUCUAAGCCUGAAAGCAGCCCAGAUUCCUGCUUGGCACCUCACACAGCUGGCAGUCCAUAGCAGAGAAGAAGCCAUGUCCCAGGGCCACAGGAUUCUGUGGUGUGGAAGAGACUGCUUUGCUUCUCCACAAGCCAGCUCUUUGCCAUUCAGCAAGAUGUUUGCCUCGUCAAAUGAACAACAAUGCAAUCUUGAUACUGGUAUGGCACCUCCAUGGAGCAGGGACAUGGUGCUGCACUGGUGUCCCAAGGGCUUUGUGCUCACUGGGACAGCAGCAUUAGAGGACUGGCACAGCCAAGGCUUUUUAGGGUGGUUAAGUCCAAAAGGGACAGAUCCUCCCUCGCAACCUUUUGGCCCACAGACUUCAGAGAAAGGCAUUCUGGACCCAAAUUAAUCGGAUCCAUCACAACCACUAACCUCUUCUCUGUUUCUUCCUUCUUCCUCUCUCAAUUCCCCCUGCUGGCCACCAAAAUCAGGUCCAGAGAGUCCAUGGUAGGAAAACUAGCAGAAGCAGAAAGCAUUCUGAAUAAGUGUGGAAAAGAAGGGUAGUGGAAAAGAGGGCAUCAGGUUUGACUUCCACUCACAAGGAAACAUCCCUUUGGUGUGGCCUUGGAUGUUUCCCUGCUGGGGCAGGCAGGAGCCCUUGGGAUCCAGCCUGAGAGAGGUGUGCAGGGAAGACACACGCAGGUUUUCUUUCUCAUCCCCAAUGAUCAGGCAGGGUAAAACUCUGUGGUCUUGGUGAAAGGGAUUAAAAGAAACUGCAAUUUUGACAAUUCAGGACUAUUAGAAACCAAUAAGGAUAAAUCUUUAUUAUAUAAAAUGAAAAGUAUUUAAUGGAUAUUUAUGUAGAUGCCUUGUGAGCACAAGCCUGAGGGCAAGAUUGAUACGGGUGUCCCUGCCGCAUCCUGAGUGUCGGCCAGGGCUGUGCUUCCUACUCCUCCUGUAUUUAUGGACAAGUCUGCGUGUCUGUCUGUAGCUAGGAUCUGUGUUUUUGUGAAGCUGUGCCCAAAGAUCUCUAUGCUGUGUUGUGACAAUAUGUGUUCACAGUAAAUCUAUGCUGUGGGUCCACUGUC